AAAAAUAUUUCUAUUUCCGGUUGUUUGGCAGCGAAAGAAAGUGCGUGCACGUGUUGUUCUGGAAUUUUGAUGUCAAAUAUUUAUUGAAGUACUAUUUAAAAAGUGGCGAUUUCUCUUAUUUUUGGAAUAAGUGGAAAGUGAUAUUUAAAAGAGACUCUAAUAUCAUCAUUUCUUCUUCACAAACUAAGAAAAUGGUGGGUUCCCGCGUCUACGUCGGCGGCCUGCCAUUCGGCGUCCGGGAGCGCGACCUGGAGAAAUUCUUCAAAGGCUUCGGCAGGAUCAGAGACAUCCUCAUCAAAAACGGAUAUGGGUUUGUGGAAUUUGACGACUACAGAGAUGCAGAUGAUGCUGUAUAUGAGCUAAAUGGGAAAGAACUCCUAGGGGAAAGGGUGGUGGUGGAGCCGGCGCGCGGCAUCGACCGGAGCGCCGAGCGGAGCCGUCGGGACCGGCACUACGACCGAGACCGCGGCGGCCGCUCGCGAUACGACAGCACUGCCUCCAAUUACAGAUACGGGCCGCCGACGCGCACCGAAUACCGCCUCGUGGUGGAGAACCUAUCGAGCCGCAUCAGCUGGCAGGACUUGAAGGAUUACAUGCGUCAAGCUGGCGAGGUGACCUACGCUGACGCCCACAAGCAACACCGUAAUGAGGGUGUGGUGGAGUUUUCGUCCCACGCGGACAUGCGAGCGGCCAUCGAGAAGCUGGACGGGACUGAGCUGAACGGACGCCGCAUCCGUCUCGUGGAGGACAAGCGGUCGUCGCGCCGCCGCUCCCGGUCGUCGUCUUCACGAUCCAGGUCGCGCUCGCGGUCACGCGGACGCCGCGCUUCGCGGUCCAGGUCUCGCAGCCGCUCUCGCUCCAAGCCGCGCUCCAAGACAAAGAGCCCGGCCGCCAAGUCCCGCUCACGAUCCAGGUCCAAGGACCGCAGCCGUUCCAAGUCCCGCUCAGGCUCUCCGGACCGCCGCCGCCGCUCCGUGUCGCGCAAGUCUGACGACCGCCCCCGCAGGUCCACCUCGAGGUCCAAGUCCAGAUCGCCGAAAAAGUCCAUGUCGAAGGAGCGUUCCCGCUCGCGCAGCAAGGGCGCAUCUCCCAAGCAGGACGACCGCCGCAAGUCGGUCAGCAAGUCCCGCUCUCGCUCGCGUUCACCCCGCUCAGCACGCUCGGCUUCCCGCGACCGCUCGGUGUCCCGGGGACGCUCUCGCUCAGCCUCGCCCCGGACAAACGGCGACGCCAACGGACGCAACAGCGCCGACCGCUCGCCACGAAGCGGCGAUUAGAUGUACUAAUUUAAGGACUCAAAAUGGAUGACAACGGCAUGACAUGUUUUUUGAUAACUAGAGUCAAUUUUAUAGUGUACAAGUUACACCACCCCACCUGUAAGUCUCGGUUUCUGAAGGAGUGUUGUCUAUGGUGUGAAAAUAUUAGGCCCGUUGUCAUCCAGAGUGAGUCGGGAUGUUUUUAACUCUGCAUCAUUCAUUUUAUUCACUGUUAGGAGCUAAUAACAGGCGAUUGCGGAUUGGUCGGUGGCGGUAACUGACAAGGAUUGACAACGUUCUAUGAUCUCUUUAAAUUAUGCAUGGAUUGAUCUUUGUUGUUGUUAACUGUCAAUUGAGACUCUUCGUAUUGCCUGUAGAUUAAGUACAUUAUUGUGAUUUUGGAUGUAUUACUUUCGAGCACUUGUCAUUUCAUUUUAAAUUCACAUAAAAUUAUGUGCUAGUGAUGGAGGUAGAUUUUUCGUUAGGUGUCAAAUGUGUAGGGUAAGAGGAUUACUACAUUAUAGCAAAGUAAAGCUAGUAUUUUGUAUUGUUUAUACUACUGAUAUUUUAUGUUACUGCUGUGUAACCAUCAAUUUUGACUUAUUUGUUAAGUACACAGGACUUUCUAUAGCAAUUUAAUUUAAUGAGUUCUAUUAAUAUGGUGACUUGUAAAUACAGAAUUUGUUACUAUACCUACUACCAAAUAAUUUUAAAUAAAUAAGUUUCAUGAAAAA